AUGAGCGAAAAAACUGAAGUCAAUUCUGACAAUUCUGAGAAAGAUGUAGAAAAAAAAGAUUUGAUUACUGAAGAUGAUUCUAUAAUUCCAAUGGCUGUUAAUACCAAUGAUGAUCCAAGUUUACCUUGCUUAACAUUUAGAUUUUGGGUUUUGAGUACGUUCUUCACGACACUUGGCGCAGGAAUAUCCACAUUUUACUUGUAUCGUCCGAAUGGUCAAAUUUACUCCGUCUUUUUUGUGUUGCUGGCAUCUUUUUUCAUGGGACAAAUGAUGUCUAAGGUGCUUCCAACGAGAACAUUUCGAAUUUGGCGAUGGGAGUUUAGCCUCAACCCAGGUCCAUUCAAUGUCAAAGAGCACGUUUGUAUAGUAGUAGCUGCAAGUACUGGAGGCACAUCGGCUUAUGCUAUUGAAAUCAUUUCAAUACAAGAACUUUUCUAUAACACCCACAUACCCUUUUUAAAAGGUUUCUUUCUGAUUUUAAGUACUCAAGUUUUGGGAUUCGGAAUGGCAGGAUUUCUUAGAAAAUAUCUGGUUCGUCCUGCAAACAUGAUUUGGCCGGUUAACCUUGUAUACUCGAAUAUGUACAAUACACUUCACGACAGUUUACCCGAAGCACGUAAAAAGCUUCGAUACUUUGCUAUUGGAUUCGUCAUUGUAUUCAUUUGGCAAUUUGUACCGGUAUACAUGUUUAACAUGUUAACAAGUAUAGCUCUCUUAUGCCUAAUUGCUCCAUUCAAUAAGACAAUGAAUAGAUUAGGAAGCGGAUAUUAUGGUUCUGGAAUUUUAAAUUUUACAUUGGAUUGGAAUGCAAUCGGACAAUUUGGACCAUUAUAUACCCCAUGGCAUACCGGUUCUUUAGAUGUCACCGCUUACGAAAAUUACAGUCCGGUAUAUCUAUCGACUAGCUUCGCUUUUACUUAUCUAUAUUCCUUCAUGAUGCUUACUGCGACCAUAAGUCACGUGUACUUAUUUUAUGGCGAUGAAAUUUGGAGAAGAUUUAAAGCCAGUCGCAAAGAAGAGGAGAGUGAUGUUCAUUGCAAAUUGAUGGAUAAAUACCCAGAGGUUCCAAAUUCAUGGUAUAUGACGAUAUUUGUUGCCAUGUUAGCAAUUGCCAUUGCACUUGGAUACAUAACGGAAGCGCAUUUACCAUGGUGGGCACUAUUACUGGCUGUUGCAAUUGCAGUAAUUAUGGUGCUUCCAAUCGGAGUAUUAACGGCGAUAUCAUCAAAUACCAAUCUCGGACUGAAUGUGAUAACCGAAAUGAUUUGUGGUUAUAUGCUUCCUGGAUAUCCCAUUGCCAAUGUGUACUUUAAAACUUAUGGUUACAUGGCAUUGUACCAGUGUCUUCUCUUAGUGUCCGACCUUAAGCUUGGUCAUUAUAUGAAAAUUCCUCCACGAUACAUGUUUAUUUCUCAAAUUUAUGCUACGGUUAUUGGAGGUCUUGUAAAUUAUUGGGUUUGCCAACUUAUUAUUCAAACAAAGCGACCAUUUCUUGACGGUACAGAAGAUGAUCCAACCGGCCAAUGGGCAGCUAAUGGUUCACAAGUUUUUAACACGGCAUCAAUCGUAUGGGGCUUGAUUGGACCAGAAAAAACGUUUGGGCCCGGUUCUUUUUAUCAACCAUUACUAUGGGGAUUCUUAAUUGGGUUUAUUUUACCAAUCCCGAUUUACUUGUUACAUCGAAAAUACCCAAAAGUUGGGUUCAAUUUGGUGAACAUACCAUUACUUUGCACUGGACUUUCUAUAAUUCCUGAAUAUUAUAGAAAUUUUAUAAUUGUUGGAUUUUUGACAAGUUUCGCUAGUCAGUUUUAUGCCUAUCGAUACAAGAAUAAAUAUAAUUAUGCACUUUCCGCGGCAUUGGAUAGCGCAGCACAAAUUUCUACGAUGGUUAUCUUCUUUUGUCUUAAUGGAGUUGCUCAGGUACCGUUUCCAGAAUGGUGGGGAAGUAAUGCUGAAACUCAAGGGGAAAGAUGCUUCGUUUCAAAGGAGAUUUGA